AUGUAUCACCUGUGGCUAUACUAUACGCCAGCCUCGCUUUACAAUCCACAGCACUCCCCUACCAACGCCAACUUUGAGUUCGCCAUGUUCGAUCCAGCCACUAUCACUCCUGCCGAGUGGGAGUCCCUUAAGCACGAUGAGACCGCCACAGAGAUCGAGUCAAUCAAUCCAGCGUCUUCGUUACUGUCUUUAUGGGACUCCUCACGGCUUCACAAAUUGCAAGAGGCUCUUCGAAGCCAUGUGCCCUUCUGGAUGAGAAAGAAGAGGGCUACUGGGAGUGUAUCCGCCAGCUUGGGCCAAGGCGAAAUGGAACAGCAAGAUGGCCGCAGACUACUCGAGGCCUACAAAAAGUUAUGGCCACAUGCAAUAAACUCUUUCGCCGAGAGGAUCUUGACUGCGGAUGCCAUCAUCCAAUUCAACAAGGGCCUAUGUAUGGGGGCACUCUGGCACCUAACCAAAGUCUUUCCCGAUGCCUUAUGUCGCCCGUUGAUCUUCCAGUUUUGUGAGAUGGCGUCCAGGAUGACAUUCGAAGACGACAGUUCGUUACAAUCAGCCAUCCUAGACGCGUAUGAGAUAACCGAAGGAAUGAUGGGCAGUCCAUUCCCCACGGUCAACAAAGUAUUGCCACUAAGCGCAGAUACAACACUGUACCUUGCGUCAGCCAGAGUGUCAUACGACGGUCUCAUUCUGAAGUCACUCGAUAACACGAUUGAAAGCUUUCAUCUCGAUUAUCCAACGAACGAACAUGAUACACCAAUCAGCUCUGCUAGACUGAUUUCCGAGCCUGCAGAGACAUCAAAUGUUCACAUGUCAAGCGAGUUGGUGAAAAAUAAGAUUCAAGCAGGCGCGAUGAAAAUGAUAGCGCCAUCGCGUUCCUGGCGUGAUUAUCCUUCCAGGGACAACGAGUCGCUGCCAUCAUAA